CAUUGUUAGUUGACCAGUGAACUUCGUAAUGAUUAUUAAAUGUUUCUUUUUUUUUAAAGUGAUGGUAUAUAUGUUGCUAGUAGCAAUAUCGAUACUGAAACAGACUGAAGCUCUCACGAAUGUGGAAUUUCCUGAUGGAUUUCAACUGGGAGUCGCUACUGCGUCUUAUCAAAUUGAAGGAGCUUGGAACACUAAUGGAAAAGGUGUUAAUACAUGGGAUAUAUUUACUCACAAUGGUGGAGGGGUGAUAAGAGACAACAGCAAUGGUGACGUAGCCUGUGAUUCGUAUCACAGAUAUAAAGAAGACGUGCAGUUAAUUAGCGACAUAGGUGCGGACUUCUAUCGAUUUUCACUUAGCUGGUCUCGAAUCUUGCCGAACGGUUUUUCUAACGUAAUAAACCAAGAUGGACUUAAUUAUUAUAAAAAUCUUAUCGACGAAUUACUCGCAAAAGGUAUUCAACCACACGUUUCAAUAUUUCAUUGGGAUCUUCCGGAAAAUAUGGAAAAAUUAGGUGGUUGGACUAACGAAUUAAUCAUUGAUUAUUUUGUUGACUACGCAAGAAUCGUUUUCAGAGAGCUCGGUCCUAAAGUAAAACUUUUCUAUACCUUAAAUGAACCAGCUGUAUUUUGUGGAGAAGGUUAUGGUUUACAUACGAAAGCUCCUGGAAAAAAUAUAACUGGAAUUGGAUCUUAUUUGUGCAUGCACAAUGCAUUGAAAGCUCACGCCAAGGUAUAUCAUAUGUACGACGAAGAAUUCAGAUCUGAACAAAAAGGAUUGAUCUCUAUCGUCAUAUCGUCAUCCGCGUAUUUCGCCAAGAAUGAAAAUAAUUUGGCAGCAGAGGAUAUAGCCUUCCAAUUUAUUUGUGGCUGGGUAGGUCAUCCAAUUUAUUCGAAAACUGGUGAUUAUCCCCAAGUAAUGAAGAAUCGUAUAGCAGAAAAUAGUAGGAUUCAAGGAUACUCGAAAUCAAGAUUGCCUGAAUUCACGCCGGAAUGGAUUGAAUAUAUACGAGGAACUUCAGACUUUUUUGCCUUAAAUCAUUAUACUUCUAAUCUCGUUGAAAUUGUACCGAAGGGACCGAACGAUACUUGGUAUAGAGAUAGCGGAAUUAAAUUCAGCUACGAUCCGAAAUGGCCAUCCUCUGGUUCGUCAUGGUUAAAGAUAGUUCCUGAGGGAUUUAGAAAGAUUCUUAAUGCGAUAAAAAAUGAAUACAACAAUCCACCGGUUAUUAUUACGGAAAAUGGUGUUUCCGACGAUGGUAAAUUGUCGGACAAAAUAAGAAUUAACUAUUUUUCUGAGUAUCUCAAGGCUAUGCUGCAAGCUAUAUACGAAGAUGGUUGUAACAUCAAAGGUUAUACAGUUUGGAGUUUGAUAGACAAUUUUGAAUGGGAAAAUGGUUACAUUGAAAAGUUCGGUCUUGUCCAAAUUGAUUUCGCAUCUCCCAACAAAACGAGAACUCCCAAAAUGUCAAUGGAGUGGUAUAAAAACGUAAUUAAACAACGAAAAAUAACUAAUUUUGCACCAAAUACAAACGAAUACGAUGUCGUAUCUGUUCGUUAAUGGAAAAUAUGUAUUUUUUUUUAAGUAAAAUAUUAUAAUUUGUUAUUAUAA